CUUAUCGAUAAGUCCGCGGUCACACUGCCGACACAAUAAUAAUUCAUAGCCGAAUUUAGCAAACGGCUCAGCUUUUGCUGGCUGAAUCCCAACAAUACCGACCAUGACAUCCAUCCUGGACAUGAAGGCUGGCCCGCCGGACUACUGGGCCGAGAUCAGCAACUUCUUUCUGCCGCUAAAAUAUCUAAUAACCAACGACCGGUUCGAUGCGUUUGUCCAGGAUAUUGACUUGUAUUACCUGAUAAAUGCUGUGUUUUGGAUAUUUGUGGCUCUGUCCUGUGGCUUCUAUGGGUUUCAGCGUGUUUUUCAGUUCUUCCUCAAGUCGUCGAAUAUGAAGUACUUUAAGCGCAAACAAUUCGCGAGACUGAUUUGGAACAUCGCCUUCUAUGCAGCCAGCUGCCUGUUCCUGCACUUCUACAAUGAGUUUAUGAUACUCCCCCAGCUGAUGAAGAAUCAGGGACGAUACUCGCUCUUUUAUUCGUCGGAGAAUCUUAUCUUCUACCGGUCCCAUCAAUUGGAAAAGUUUCAGUUUUACUCAAUUUUCAUCAUCACCUUCUACCUGCAUGGAGCCAUGCUGGACUACAAGGAGGCGGACUUUCUAGAGGUCGGCUCUAAAGGCCUCUACCUGUUGGCCCUCGUGGCCAUCGAUGUGUACAGAUAUGAGAACUAUUUUGUGGGCCUGAAUCUCACGCUGGGCCUGUACAGCAUACUCACCGAAGUGCUCGCCCUGCUCUCCCUGCCCAGCUCCAAUCGGAAUCGGCUGGUAUAUCAAAUGUUCCUUGGCCUGAGAAUCGCAGCGUGGGCGCAUGUGUUCAUCAAUCUGCUGCCCUUCAAGUAUUUCAUUCCCACUCUCUUUGCGAAGAACUUCAAGUUGCCGCUGAAUGUAGCCAUUUGGCUGUGGUACGGUCUCUCGAUCUGGAACUCCCCGGUGCUGCAGUACUUUUACCAUCAGAUAUAUCAUUCGAAUCCAUCGGAUUGCUCCGGUGAGGGAUCUGCGGCGAAAUGCAUCCUGGUCAAGGACUCCAUUGAGUACCGUCACUACAAGACGCUAAAAAAGGCCUAUUUUGAGGUAAAACUGGCCCAUGAAAAGGCCACGGCUAAUGCCUUGCCAGCCAGCGAAUCCGCCUCGGCCUCGGCUAAAACCUUUCAGGCCAUCAAAUGCGUAAUGAUGCUAAAGCGUAAAUUGAAGCGUAUACGGGAAGGACGUGGACACGAGCCGGAGGAUGACAACGAAGAUGUGACCACUGAUACCUAAUCUUCACUAGCAACUGCACCUCGCAAUUAGAAAAGACACCACAACUUACAUAAAAGCAUAGAGACACAUUUCCUUAAACCAAAAAAGACAAAGUUUUGCAUAGGCUAAAAUUUCACCAAAAAUUAAACUACCUCCCACUCUCUCUCUCUCUCUAUCUCUCUCUAUAUAUAUAUAUCUUUCUCUCUAUCACAAACGCCUGGCAAGUUAAAUUACAGUGCGUUUUGCCAGUGCUAAGCGUUAGAAAUCUCUAAAGUUUGCCUGAGCUAUCCAUCCUUAUACUGUUUUAUGCAUAGUAUUUUAAACAAUUGUUCCUCAUAUUUAUUGGUUCCUCAUUAUAAGAGCAAAACUCAAUGUAUUAAUUAACCAGAGAACUUAUUUUCGUUUCCUCUAAGACCUAUAGAUCUUUUGGCACAAAAUACCGUCUUAUAACUCUUUGUGAGACUCUGCUCUAAUACUAAUACUAAUUUAUAAUAACCCUAGAGGCUAAUCCAUUAUGCAACCAACUACUUUUUACCUAGUACAUACAACUAAGGUUAUAAUUCGCAGUGCCUUUCUUUAAUAUCUUUGUGAGAGAGUCCCUUCUCAUAGUAUAAUAAUUAGGAAUAGCCCUAGAGGGGCGUCCAUCAACUUAUUUUUAAAUGUUAAUCAAACGUUGUGCAAUGAAGGAAAACCUUACAGGUUCUGCCUUAUCAUUUAGACACGAUUUACUAGACACGCAUAAACUACACUCAGGCUUGGGCCAGAGGAGUAAAUGUCAUAAUAUCAGAGGGAUCUCUGGCCAUCGCAUUCUCAGGCCCAGGGAGAUGGUUCCAUCUGGUAUAGUACACCUCUAGGGCUGGCUUUCUUUCCCUCAAAAACCCCUUAAACCAUCUCUCUUUCACAGGCAGACUGUUUCUCUUUCUCUCUCUCUCUUUUAGAUGUUUAAGUCGCCUUCAACUUAUUGUUGUUUAUUCGCUGUGACUUAAUGACAUAUUGAAAUAUUUUAAUGUUU